CCCCGCAUUGCCAACUUCCUGCCCGCUUUUCGGACGUGGACGGACAAAGAUCCUGGUGACUAGGGUCACUUACAGAGGAGCAGGAUGAUAUUGCGGCUUUCUGCGCUGCUUGCUUUGCUGCUCUUGACAGCAACGGCGCGAUCGCAGUCGCUCUACUCGCCAUACCCUUCGAGAACGACGAUCAUCGCCCAAGCAGACCAACAACGUUCCAAUAGCUCUGUCGUCAACCAUGUCCGACAGCACACAUCGGGACGAACAGUGCUGGGCUAUGUGACACCUUGGCACCCGCGAGGCAUCAAGAUGGCCGAAGCCUUUCGGGGCAAGUUUGACAUCCUCGCUCCGGCCUGGCACACCAUCGAGCCGUUGCACCUCACCGGUGAGACUUACUACCAAGUUGGUGGUGGUCCGACGUCGGAAGCCGACAAGGAGUGGGUCAAGAGGCUCCAGGCGCCGGGCAAGGACAGCGAGGGCAAUGUCUUGGACCCUGUCAACAUCUCCCCUCGCUACGUCCUCGACAAGUUCACGCCUGAAGACCUCGUCGAGCUGCUCAACAGCAAAGUACACAUGGCCAGCCUAGCCUCAGGUAUCGUCGACAGCGUCCUGGAGCAUCAGUACAACGGCAUCGUUUUUGAGUGUGCAGCAGUCUGGGCCAUCUCUCCCCUCGUCGAGCUGCUCUCGGACAGGCUCCACGACGAAGGAAAGACCAUCUCCGUUGUGCUUCCCGGCAUGAGGCAAGGCAAGGCGACUGAGGACAUCAAAAGCAAUCAAAUCAUCCUCCACGGCCUGAGGACCUUAUCGAAUCUCGUUGAUCAUGUGAUGAUCAUGACCUAUGAUCAUGCCGGCUCUCAAGGUGUAGCUUUCGGCGAAGCACAUGCUCUCAAAGAGCUCCCACCUGGAAGCCCACUUGCCCGGGAAGGUGUUCGCACCCCCGGACCCAAUACUCCGCUCGACUUUCUCGUCACCAACAUCGAGCAGCUGUCGGGCGAUAUGGAGGUGUCGGACGCCCACUUUGCCAUCCAGCAGGCCCAGGGCUGGACGCACUCCUUUGAGUCGAAGCUUCUCAUGGGCCUUCCUCUUUACGGCUACUCGUAUGCUGUGGCGUGGUUUGACAAGUCGAGCAACUCUUCCGAUGGCAUCCCGCGCAUCCCCCCGUCCUCACCCAUUGGAUCCAAGGACAACGACACGGAAGCUCAGGCGCGGUCGCGUGGAGCAGCGGACAAGAAGGAUCGGGAAAGACCCACGGUAGUUCCCGUGCUUCGCUUCCCGGGCGAGCCCUUCAAGCACUCGGAUCUCGUCGCGCAGCUCGACACCCACAAAGCCCUGAUUCGACUGGAUGAGGCGAGCCAAGAGCAGUACUUUGACUACGUCAAGCAGCUCCCACCCAGUCAACAGCCGAAGCUCACAGACGAGGACAAGGCGAAGUUGGGCGACCAAGACAAGCCAUUGGCGAGCUACUACCGCGCCUACUUUCCAAGCGCCCAUACGAUGCAACAGCGACUCAAAGCAAUCGGCAAAUUCAACGACGUCGGAGUAGCUCUCUGGGACGUCGGCAUGGCGGGCGAGUGGUUGUUGCAUGAAUUGUAAAAGGGGAAAGUAGAUGCAUUACAGGGUGUGAAAGAGCGAAUAGGCAAUACGAGACAAGUCAAAGAUAUACAGUACAAAAGCACGGGACGAAUAGUAGGAGAACACCAUCCUCAGAGCCGGUCCAAGUCAGAUGCCCUACUUUGGAACAUGCGCGAGAGGAAGCUGGUCUCUUCGCUCUCCCUCUUCUUGUUACUUCCCCCUUUAUCGCAGCUUCCGUUCAUACAGUAGAGGUCGAUUCCGUUGAUGAUGAAUUCUGCGUCCUUGUAGUUGCUGCCUUUCUGCAGCGCCUCCUGCAAAUUCUUUCCACAGCUGGGGCCGUCCAUGGCCACGCUGCCAGCCCAGUCGC